CAUUUACCUAAGCGGUAAAGCCAUAGACUGUCAGACAGCUCGCCAACACAACCAGGGCUGUUUUGUUCUGUAUCCAGUAAUAACUGUCACAGCCGAACUCACACAGGAUUCUGGUGCGUAAUUAGGAAAGGAGAGCUCGUGGAAAGCCCCGUGGGACGGCCGCCGUUACUUUUUAAAGCCGCUCAUAGUUGCUCUGGGGGGCGGAGUGUCCGCGGAGUGCUGCGCCGAUUGGGGCGCCCGCUUGGAGGAAGAGAGAUGGCGUGCUUGUUGGAGGCCCCUCUCCGUAUCAGUGUUCUGUCUGAAGUCACCGCCACCAGUCGCCAUUAUGUUGACCGACUUUUCGACCCUGACCCACAGAAAGUGCUGCAGGGAGUCAUUGAUAUGAAGAAUGCUGUCAUAGGAAACAACAAGCAGAAGGCCAAUCUGAUUGUCCUUGGAGCUGUACCGAGGUUACUGUACCUGCUUCAGCAGAGCUCAUCCAGCCUGCAGCUGAGGACGGAGUGCGCCGUGGUGCUGGGCAGUCUGGCCAUGGGCACCGAGAACAACAUCAAGUCCUUGGUGGACUGUCACAUCAUCCCCACCCUGCUCCAAGGUCUCUUGUGUCCAGACCUGGUCUUCACUGAAGCCUGUCUUCGAUGUCUCAGAACUGUCUUCAUCAGUCCCGUUACGCCUGUGCAGCUGCUGUAUACAGAUCCCACUGUGAUUCCCCAUCUCAUGUCUCUACUGAGCAACUCCCAGAGAACCCAGGAGUACAUCACUCAGAUCUUCUCCCACUGUUGUAAGACCCCAGAGCACCAGACGGUUCUUUUCAACCACGGCGCCAUCCAGAAUAUCGCCCCUCUGCUUAUUUCACCCUCCUAUAAGGUCCGGAUGCAGGCGUUAAAGUGUUUCUCAGUCCUGGCCUAUGAGAACACUCAGGUCUCCAUGACACUGGUGAAUGUGCUGGUGGAUGGUGAGCAGCUCACUCAGGUAUUUGUUAAAAUGAUGCAAAGGGAUCAACCCGUUGAAAUGCAGCUAACGGCAGCCAAAUGUCUAACCUACAUGUGUCGAGCAGGUGCCAUCAGGACAGACGACGGCUGCAUAGUACUAAAGACGUUGCCCUGCCUCGUGCGGAUGUGCAGUAAAGAGCAUUUGCUGGAGGAGAGAGUGGAAGGUGCAGAGACGCUAGCCUACCUGAUGGAGCCCGACGUGGAGCUGCAGAGGAUCGCCAGCACCACCGACCACCUGGUGGCCAUGUUGGCCGACUACUUCAAGUAUCCCAGCUCUGUGUCUGCCAUCGCUGACAUCAAGAGGCUGGACCAUGACCUUAAACAUGCACAUGAGCUGAGACAAGCUGCUUUCAAGCUCUACGCCUCUCUGGGCUCAAAUGACGAGGACAUUCGCAAAAAGAUCACAGAGACGGAAAACAUGAUGGACCGAAUAGUCAGCGGCCUAUCGGAAUCCAGCAUUAAAGUGCGGCUGGCAGCGGUGAGGUGUCUUCAUAGUCUUUCCCGGUCAGUGCAGCAACUAAGGACCAGCUUUCAUGAUCACGCCGUGUGGAAGCCCCUCAUGAAGCUGCUGCAGAACGCCCCAGAUGAAGUCCUGGUCAUGGCUUCCUCAACACUAUGCAACCUGCUGCUGGAGUUCUCGCCAAGUAAAGAGCCCAUCCUGGAGUCUGGGGUGAUAGAGUUACUAUGCAGUCUGACUCAGAGCGACAGCCCUGCUCUCAGGGUAAAUGGCAUCUGGGCCCUGAUGAACAUGGCGUUCCAGGCCGACCAGAAGGUGAAGGUGGAGAUCGUCAGGUGUCUGGGCACCGAGCAGCUGUUCCGCCUGCUCUCCGACCCCGACACCAACGUGCUGAUGAAGACUCUGGGUUUGCUGCGUAACCUGCUGUCAACGCGCCCGCACAUAGACCAGAUCAUGAGCUCUCACGGGAAGCAGAUCAUGCAGGCGGUGACCCUGAUCCUGGAAGCCGAGCACAGCAUAGAGGUCAAAGAGCAGACGCUUUGCAUCCUCGCCAACAUCGCCGAUGGAAACACAGCCAAGGAGCUCAUCAUGACAAACGAUGACAUGCUCCAGAAAAUUAAAUACUACAUGGGACACUCGAACGUGAAGCUGCAGCUCGCCGCCACCUUCUGUGUGUCCAACCUCAUCUGGAACGAGGAGGACGGCUCUCAGGAUCGCCAGGACAAGCUGAGGGAGAUGGGCUUCGUGGACGUCCUGCACAAACUGACGCAGUCAGCCGACCCCAACCUCAGUGACAGGGCGAAGACGGCGCUGCAGCAGUACCUGGCAUGACUACAGUGGGCAGCGAUCCUCUACUGCCAGCCUAACUGACGGUCAUCUAGAGGACGCCUGCCGCUGCCUCUUUGGGUUUAUGUUGGCUUUCGUUUUGAGACUUGCACAAAGACACCUUUUUGUUUCGUCUUGGACCUGUGGCCCGCGUUUCUCCUGCCUCCCGUUUCCAGCGGUUCUUCUCGGCCCCAACUCUUCCUGGAGCAAGAGGAGGCUCCGAGCGUGUGGCUGUUUGGUUGUUGGAGAAAUUAGGGAAGUUUUACUUUUUUUUUUUUUUUGUCCUUUUGUCUGUUUUUGCUUGAGAGGUAACUUUCUGGGGUUUGACGUCAGAAUCCCAUACAUGCGCUGGUCUGAGGCCUCUCUUCUUCUGGGACUCCUGAUGGUGGAGAUUUGGAACAGGAGAACUUCCUGGUGUUUGGAUUAAUAUUGCUGUUAAUAUUAAUGUCUACCCAAGGCAUCACUAGCAAGGAUAUAUUUGGAAGAAAUGCCUAUUUUGAAACUUUGGGUGUUUUAUUUUUUUGUGGACAUAUACCUCGUAAAUAAAUAUAAAUAUAUACAUAUAUAUAUAUAUAUAAAUUUAAACAUAAAUAUAUAUUUUUGGAUUUUUAUUUUCCCCUGUUCUCAGCCCACUGACUUCAUCCUGUCCCGCUACACCUCCACUCUCAGCACAGUUGGACCUGCAGCCUGAUUGGAUCGCCAUUAAAACCCUGAAUUUUGUCUGCAGGGGUGAGAACAGAAAACAAACCCAAGGAUCCCAGAUUUCUAAGUUUCCGUUGGUGACCGUGAAGAGGCUGCCUGCACUCGACGCCCAUCACCUCUGCCCAGUGUCCUUUCAGUCCCCAUGAGAAAUGUAGAUGGUGGUGCUUAAACCAAUCUGCUCCGUUAUCAGUGGACCAGAGGAGGAUUCACUGUGUCACCCUCCCCCCCUCCUCCCCUCUACUCCUUUGUCUGUGUGUUUGUCAGAAUGAAAACAUGGACAGGAAGCCCCCUCCUCCAAUAGGUCCACCUAGCGCUCCGGUGUAGAACCUCCCCUCCAUCCAGGGGUUUUUAGUGUUGCCCUCUAACAUUUCAAUCCGUACUGAAGUUCUGAUAGAAUGAAUGUUACAAAGUGGAAAAUAUAUGCAGACCUGCAGAAGGA